AUGAGCACGCAGGGGAUAGAUCCACUAAAGAGUAUAGCGUGUGAUCAGCACGUAAUUCUUACCUUACCAUCUGAAAAAUGUAAGAUUGUCGAAUUGAAGGCUAACACAGCGGUCUCCCUGGGUAAAUUUGGUGCAUUUAAUGUGAACGAUAUUAUAGGUUACCCUUUAGGUACUAAAUUUGAAAUCUUUUAUGAUGAUGAAACUCAAGAAACUGUCGAACAUGACAAAAAUGUAAAGGAUCCAAAAAAGAAAGAUAGUAAAAUCAAUAUAGGUAAGAUUAGGGUUUCUAAGGAUUUUGUGAAGAAGGAUGAAAGUCUUGCCAACGUUGGUAAUAGUGAAAAUAAUAAAGAUUUGAUCAAUUUAGGCAAUGAUAUUCAAAAGAUGACAGCGGAAGAUAUUGAAGCCUUGAAGAAACAAUCUACCUCUGGUAAUGAAAUCAUUUCUAGGAUUAUUGAAUCGCAUGGUACAUUCGAUAAGAAGACAAUUUACUCUCAAGAAAAAUAUUUAAAGAGGAAGAAACAAAAAUUCGAUAAACAAUUUACUGUUAAUUAUUUGAGUAGUAAUUUGUUAUUGCAGUAUUUAAUAGAUAAAAAUGAUAUUCAAAGAAUUAUGGACAUGUCUGAAGAAUCGAUAGGUAUGUUAUUGAACCUUGCAAAUAUAAGACCUAAUGGUACUUAUUUAUGUAUGGAUGAAACUGGAGGUUUAUUGAUAUACUUUAUGUUAGAAAGAAUGUUUGGUGGAGAUGAAAAUACUGGGAAAACUGGUAAAAUUGUUGUUGUUCAUGAGAAUGAACACCCAAAUUUGGAUCUAUUAAAAUACUCCAAUUAUUCGGAGAAAUUCAUAUCUGAACAUGUUAUUCCAAUAUCUAUACUUGACUAUUUUGAACCUAGAACAGUUGAAGAAGUUGAAGAAGAAUUUAAACCAUUGAGUAGGGAAGAAGUGUUUGCCUUGAAGAGUGGUGCCAAAAAUACAUAUUUCAGAAAGCUAAAAUGGCAUAAGAUUCAUUUACAAGAAAUUGAUAUUGCAACAAAAUGGAGUUUUGAUGGUCUUGUUGUAGCUACAACAUUGCAUUUACCAACAUUACUACCUAAGUUAGGGGAAAGGGUGCAUGGUUCAAGACCUAUUGUUUGCUAUAGUCAAUUCAAAGAAAUUUUACUUGAACUUUCUCAUACCUUAUAUGAUGAUCUAAAUUACUUGGCUCCAACAAUCAUUGAGACAAGAUGUAGACCAUAUCAAUCGAUAAGAGGAAGAUUACACCCUUUAAUGACUAUGAAAGGUGGUGGGGGCUAUUUGAUGUGGUGUCACAGAGUUAUUCCUGCACCAGAACCUGAGGUAAUACCGUUAGAAACUAAACCAACUGAAACAGAGGACGUGGAAAUAGAGAAAUAA